AUGGGAACCCACCCCAAUGGUCCGUCCAUAGUGCUACGUGAAGAUAGCGAUGAUGCACCGCUUUUAAGGGACUGGAUCCGUAUGCUUCAUACCAACGACACGGGAGACCUGCCAUAUUUGUUCAAAGUGCUGUCUGUGCGCAAGGCGCUGUCCAUCCAGGCCCACCCGGACAUCAAGCUGGCUCGCGAGCUACACGCAAAAUUCCCACAGAUUUACAAGGACGCGAACCACAAGCCAGAGAUGACGAUUGCAUUAACUCGCUUCGAGGCGCUAUGCCAAUUUCGUGAGAUAAACGAAAUUGUCGCCCACCUGGAGGCGGUUCCUGAGCUUCGUGCACUUGUUGAUACUGAGGUUGCUCAGCGAUUGGCGGUGCAACAGAAUGAAACAGCUCUGCGCAAUUUUUUCCGCUGCUUUGUCUACGCUGAAUCGGAGAAUGUCGCUUCACAGUUGCGUACACUUCGUGCUCGUCUCGAGGGCUCAACAAGUUUGAAUGCGCUGGAGAAGCUUGUGCUCCGUCUGGACGACGAGUAUCCGGGUGACAUUGGCUGUUUCUGUCCGUUCCUGCUUAACUACAUCACACUGGAACCCGGCGAGGCGAUGUUCUUGGGGGCCAAUGAGCCUCACGCGUAUCUGUUUGGUGACUGCAUGGAGUGUAUGGCAUGCUCCGACAAUGUCGUGCGUGCUGGCCUUACCCCUAAGUUUAUUGACAAGGAGACGCUGCACUCGAUGCUGACCUACCACACAGGCAAACCGAGCGUGUACAAGGGCGACGUUCAGAGUGACGGUGUUACACGGUUGUACAGCUCUCCUGUGCCAGAGUUUGAGGUCGAAGCCGUCGACUUGAUGCCACGCCAGCGAUAUGCGCUACCAGCACGAAAAGGAGACUCCCUUGUGCUCGUCAUUUCGGGCAGCGGGUCGACUGUAGAACCUUUAGGCAGUGCCAACGGUCGAAAUAUGUCCAAGGGAAAAGUGUACUUUUUGCCGAAGGGCGAGAUUCUCGAAAUUCAAGGCGGCGAGGGCGGUAUUUCAGCAUUUCGAGCGUCUCCUAACGAAAGUUUGACCUCGCAAAGUGCUUAG